UUUCAAACAGCCAUGACUCUCCAGAACUGCUAUGCAAAUGGAAGAGCUGAAGGACGAAGUUAUAACAAGCGCAAGGGUGUAUGAGUAUGGUGUAUGAGUAUGUCGUGGGCGUAUCCGCUUUUUCUUGCUUCUGUGUUCACCAAGGUGCGUUCAUGUUACCGCGACUUUCAUGGCGGGAGACACAAGCCAGACUUCAAAUGACUAUGGGGGGUUUCUUAUACUUUGUUUGCGCGAACUCAGCAAUGGACUAAUUCAAAUCUUUUGACGGCACUCGCCCACGUCCACUUAAAGCUUACAAAGGUGAUGUG